UUACUUCCUGAAGCUCCCUUCUAUACACGUUGUUAUGGCAUAGAUCUAACCUAUGGUAACAUUUAUAAAUGAUAACGCGCGUGUGCUGCCUACAGUUUUACAUCUGACACACUGUUUUCUCGAUUGUGGACUCAUUAGGAUGGUGAAACUGUGAAACAGACCUUAAUCUAAAUGGCUUAAGUUAGCAUUAGCUACAUAGCUGGCCAGUUUACCAUAGAUGGACACAAUUUGACUGAGCGAAGUGCGCUGAUUUGAAUAACGUUACCAAGUCGAGCAGUUCUGAUGGAACCGUAUAAAUGCAAUACCAUCUAUACAUAUCUUAUAAACCUGUCUGGAAUACUUUUUGUGGAGAUAGCAGUCAGCAUUUUUUUUAUUCAUAAAGAUUUCUACAUAUGACUUUAAAUCAGUCUGAAAGCAAUUUUAGAGCCUACUGACUGUUAUAUCCCAAUUCAAAUCCCAGCCUGCCAGUCAACAAUUAAAACUACAUGAAUCCAUUUGAGGGGCAGCUGAUCCAGUAAGUCAUUCAUCUAUUCAGGUGAAGCUGCUUUAGAUUUUAUAGGCGUCAUGGAGUCCAGUGAAGACGGAGGUUACAGUGUUGGAGGUCCAUCAGGGGAUGAAAACUACUUCCAGGGCUACACCUUCACGGAUCGCUCCCAUUCCAGCCGUGUUGUGAAGAGCAUCAUGGACUUGUGUCUAGAUGAUGGUUUGUUUGCAGAUGUCACCAUCACUGUGGACAGCAAAGAGUUCCAGCUUCACCGCCUGGUGCUCUCUGCACAAAGCUGCUUCUUCAGGUCCAUGUUCACAUCUAACCUUAGAGAAGCUUACGAUCGUAAUAUUGAGCUGAAGGAUGUCAGUGCACCAGUCUUCCAGUCGCUAGUGGACUACAUCUACCAUGGGACGAUCAAACUAAGGGUUGAAGACCUGCAGGACACUUAUGAGAUGGCUGAUAUGUAUCAGCUCACUGCCCUGUUUGAAGAAUGCUCUCGCUUCCUGUCACGAACUGUGGAGGUCAAGAACUGCCUCCAGGUGAUGUGGUUGGCAGAUAGACACAGUGACCAGUUGUUGUAUACGGCUGCCAAGCACUGUGCGAAGAUUCACCUGGUUCAGCUGAACCAGACAGAAGAGUUCCUGAACUUGCCAUUGUGCCUUCUCGUGGAUAUCAUUAAAGAUGGUGUGCCAAGCUCACAAAAUCCAACUGCAGCUAUUAAAUCUUGGAUAAAUCACAACAAAGUCGAACGAGAGGAGUAUUCUGACAUGCUUCUAGACAGCCUAAAGGAGAUUGGUGAAAAAGUUCACAUAUACUUAAUUGGGAAGGAAGACACACGCACACACUCACUGGCUGUGUCUCUUCAUUGUGAUGAGGACGACGCCAUCAGUGUAAGCGGCCAGAACAGCUUGUGUCACCAGAUCACAGCUGCCUGCAAGCAUGGGGCUGAUCUGUAUGUCGUAGGGGGCUCCAUACCACGACGCAUGUGGAAAUGCAACAUGCACACUAUGGACUGGGAGCGCUGUGCCCCUCUUCCCCGGGACCGUCUGCACCACACAUUAGUGUCUGUGUCCACAGAUGAUGCCAUUUAUUCACUGGGAGGCAAGACCCUCCAGGACACGCUCUCCAAUGCUGUCAUUUACUACACAGUACAGGACAAUAUAUGGAAAGAGACCACUCAACUAGACACAGCCGUGUCGGGUGCAGCUGGAGUCAAUUUGGGAGGCACCAUUUACCUUUUGGGUGGGGAGGAAAAUGACAUGGACUUCUUUACCAAACCAUCUCGCCUUAUCCAGUGCUUUGACACGGCCACACAGAGGUGUCAUACCAAGCCCUACAUGCUGCCUUUUGCCGGAUGCAUGCAUGCCACUGCCCAUAAGGACCUAAUCUUUGUGGUGGCAGAGGGCGACUCUCUGGUGUGUUAUAACCCACUGCUGGACAGCUUCACUCGGCUGCGCUUCCCUGAAGUAUGGAGCUGCGUGCCAUCUCUAUGGAAAGUGGCCAGUUGCAACGGAUGCAUCUACGUUUUUAGGGACAAAUGCAAAAAAGGUGAUGCAAACACUUUGAAAUUGAAUCCUGCCACGUCCGUUGUCUCUGUAAUCAAGGGAAUCAAAAUCCUCCUCACAAACUGGCAGUUUGUUUUGGCCUGAGAUCUUCAAGUAAUCCAUGGGACCAUGAUAAAUGUACUGUGGUGAUAUCAGUUAUGGUCUGUGAUAUUGGUUCAAUAGACAGCAGUCAUGUAAAAGUUGUUACUGUGAUACAGUGGUACAAGUUUUAUAAUGUAAUGUGAAGUGUUACACAGUAGGACACCAUGAAGUGUUAAAGGUCCCGUUCUUCGUGAUCCCUAGUUUUAAACUUUAGUUAGUGUGUAAUGUUGUUGUUAAAGUAUAAAUAAUAUCUGUAAAAUUCUAAAGCUCAAAGUUCAAUGCCAAGCGAGAUAUUUUAUUUAACAGAAUUCGCCUACAAAAAACGACCCGUUUGGACUACAUCCCUCUAGUUCCUGCAGUAAUGACGUCACUAAAACAGUUUUUUGACUAACCUCCGCCCACAUGAAUACACACACAGGGGGUGUUUGUCGCCAUGUUGUCAAAAUGCUGUUAUUUUCAGUCCAAUGUUUGUCUGGGCUUCCCAGGGACGCUGUACUUAGAGAUCAAUGGUUACAAUUUAUGUUUAACUAGGUUCCCGAAAAUUAUAAUCCACAUGUAAAACUAUGUGCAGCACAUUUUGCUGAGGACAGCUUCCUCAAUCUUAAUCAGUUUAAUGCCGGAUUCGCACAAAGAUUAUUCUUGAAAGAUGGAGUAGUUCCCUCUUUGUCUGAGGAAGGUGUUGUUUAUGGACUGUAAGUGUAUUUUAUUAUUUAAGUUGGUGCGUUUAACAGUUACAGUAACUUAUUACACAAAAGGCAACACUGUUUAGCUUUGUUAACUAUAUGUUAGGGCUGUGCAAAAAAAUCAAAUGCGAUUUUCAUGCGCAUCUCAUCAGUAAAGGCGUACUGUGAUUAGAAGUACAUCUCCAGCACGUGCGUUCAGAUCAGUGCAUUUUCAAAACAAAUCCUGCCAAAUUGCUUCUCAAAACUAGUCCAAAACUAGUCCAAUCGCGUUUCCAGGAGGGGAGCGCGUGCUAAGCUGUUGUCGAAUCACAACACAGGAACCGCUGGCACAAUCACAAUUAGUUACGUAUUUCUGAAGGAGGGACUUCAUAGAACAAGGAAGACGUCAGCCCGUUUUUAUGACAGUGAAAACAGCGGUAUAGAGAUAGGUGAAUUGUGUGAAAAAUACUGUUUUGUUUUUUUUUACGCGCGAAACAUGAACACGUUAUAUUGCACACUGUAAACACAAUCAAAGCUUAAAAAAAGCACAAAAAACGGGACCUUUAAUGAAGGCCAAAUAUAAUGUGUGAUGUUUGCCAUUUGCAGUUUACUUGACCAUCAAAGUUUGUCAAGUUUUGGUGUAAUUUUCCAAAUCAUUUGGAUUUCAAAAGGGAUUUAUAUUAUACAUUUUUUUAAACUGUUAACAUUCCGCAACAUGCAUCUUUAAUCUAAAUUCACAAGGAAUACUCUGUACACAACACUUGCUGAAUUAGCUGAAUACAUAUGCAAUGUAAACAGCUGUGAACUGGAUAUAGUAACUGCCCUCUAAUGAGUGAUAAUGUGCAAUAUAUGGUGUCUUUCAUAUGACUGUCAACCUACUCUGAACAUAAGGUAAUAAUAAUCAGUGCAAAAUAUCCUCAAGACAGCUGUCAAAAAUAUGUUGGUACUAUGGACAAGGGCCGUUUAAGUAACAUUCAUAAUGAAAGUUUGCAAGAAAAGUGCUCAGUGGUUUCUCAGAAAGGUUUCUCAGUGGUUUUUGACUGGAUAGGGAUUAAAUAUGCCACCUCGAGCUGGUUUAAAAUUUGCUACAACUGUUUAUAUUUUACUUCACCAUGCAGUAUAUGAAAAAGCUGUCUGCCAGAGACACAAGCUUAAUUUUGUCGACUUUUGUGGCUUGUUCAGAUUUUUUUAGUUACAAUGAAUUACCUUUUGAAGUUGUAGACAUUUUUUAAAUAAAUGUCUGUGUUGUUCUACUCUGUACUUUUGGUCAACAUUCUAUUGAAAUAAAAGCUAAUGUUUUCCCCUUUGCCUAA